AUGCAGCACCCAGGAGAACAUGAAGUAACAUCUAUACUUGGGCACAGCUCUGAGGAUGAGUGUGUCUGUAGCUUUGAGGAUGAGUGUGUCUGUAGCUCUGAGGACGAGUGUGUCUGUAACUCUGAGCACGAGUGUGUCUGUAGCUCUGAGGACGAGUGUGUCUGCAGCUCUGAGGAUGAGUGUGUCUGUAGCUCUGAGGACGAGUGUGUCUGUAUCUCUGAGGACGAGUGUGUCUGUAGCUCUGAGGACAAGUGUGUCUAUAGCUCUGAGGACAAGUGUGUCUGCAGCUCUGAGGACAAGUGUGUCUGUAGCUCUGAGGACUAUUGUGUCUGCAGCUCUGAGGAUGAGUGUAUCUGUAGCUUUGAGGACAAGCGUGUCUGUAGCUCUGAGGACGAGUGUGUCUAG